AUGGCAAUGCUCACGCGGACACAUAGAUUCCUUGCUACACACUUAGUUUUACUACGAACUGGCAAGGGUUUUGCGUACCCUGUUGCCUCCAAAAACAGUAGCCUUGGCGCCCGCGGCGACAAAACAAGCAGCAGCAGCACCACCACCACCACCACCAGGUCCUACUUCCAAAUCUUCACCGUUGCCUGGCAGUACUUGGACCACAGAACAACGCGGUCCAUUCGGGCGGCAUCCCGUGACGGCCGGCUCCUGCACGACUCCCUCACGACCUGCUUGGAUCUGUACUUGGGAACACGCGGCGGGACCUACCAAGAGCCCGCUGCCGAUGACCUCUCCCGUUUCAUCGGGGCCGUUUGCGGCCGAGGUGCGCAAAUAAAUGCCGUGAAGCUGCACAUGGAGGAUGUGGACGACGACUCAUCAACAGCGACGCUACGAGAGCAGCAGCUGCUCUGUGAUUGCAGGGCGGUUGAAGACGAAAUGCAUGUCUUUGUGGAAUGCCCGGCGUACGCAAGUACACGGGCUAAAUACGAACGUGACCUCGCGCUUCAAGGGCGCAACAUGCGCACGAUUAUGACCGCGGCCCCACCCCUGGCGCUAGCCAGGUUCCUCUCGGAAGUCUGGGAGACCCGGCACGUUGCACUAAGGCGCUUCGUGCUCAAGCGGACGAGGGAGGACGAUGAUGGUCCACCACGCGUUCAACAGCUGACGAAGGUGGUCUUGAAGCUGAAUAACGACGUGGACGUACGACAGCAGCCGGGCGGGAUGAUGCCGCCAGCAGCUGCCUCUGCUGCUGCCACUGCUGCGGGCCUGGUAAUCGAGGAUGACAGCCGCGCCCUCCGACUCACAUUCACGCCUUUGGACUUCCUUGCCGGUGUUGAAGCAGCUGCAGCAUUGGGAGUUCAGCAGCAGGUUAUCGUGACUCGUGGGCCGCAGCUGUCACCAGCGGCUGUCAGCGCCUUCCUGGCUGCUGUGCAGCUACUGCUGGCAGCUGCCAGCAGGCUACUGCUACUGCCGCCGAAACACGCUGCAGGACCGGGCGCAGAUGAUUCGGCAGUAGGGGCAGCAGAUUCGGCAACAAUGGCGGGCAGGGCCGUAUCGCCCGCUGGGGCAGGUCACUCUUCCUGGCUGUUCGCCCUUGGGCUGAUGCCGCUGAGGAAGCUGUACCUGCAUAAGAUCUUUUUGUGCAAGCAAGACGUCGUGACGCUCGUAACGAGGUUACCUUGCCUAAUGGUGGGUGCAAUGGAGCUGGAUUUGACCGGAUCCGCCUUCCCCCCCGAAGCGCUAUCGGAGCUGGCGGCGCUGAAGCAGCUGUCAGCUCUCCACUUUACAUGGGCCGCCGGUGAGGCGGACUACACGUCGUGGGGUGUGCGGGAGGUGGUGGAGGGUGCACUGAUGACCUUUUCACUGGGGGCACCCAGUCUGGAGACGGUGCUGGUCCAGCAGCCUCCGGGCCCUUCUCCGCACGCGGCGAAGUUGAGGCCGAUUGUGGAGGUGGUGCAGCUCAUGCUGGGUGCGCGUGGCUCUCAAGUGCAGUUCCAGGUGCGGUAG